AUGGAUACAUUCUCCCGGCCAGCCAAUGAGCACGCUGCGGAAGGGGCUGUUGCCGUGGGGACGGGCCGGCUGGAACAGCGUCGGAACUUUUGCGCACAAAUGGUGCAAUUAGCAGGCACAAAAGCCGUUGUUCGCGACGCCUGUGCGCGCAAGCUAGCUUUAGGGAAACUAGUGCACCAGGGCGUCCGGAGCCGGGCAGGCAGCCCCCACCAUCCGCAAAGCGUGAGGAAGUCUUCCUGCGAGGCCGGCAGGCCGCGGGGGCUCAGGAGAGCUCCGCGCAUUGCCUACUGUAGACCCAGAGGCUUGUCAGAGGAGAGGCCGCCCGCCCCCACGCUCGACAUCCCGCGCGGGGUUACCCUCUUCCCUGCGCGGGCAGCAGCCCCCUCCCCUGCGUCGCUGGCGACUCGCACAGCACCGCCCGCUCCUGCGCGUUGCGCUCCUUGCCGGCGCCCGCCGCCUCCGCCUCCGCGUUCAGCGGGCGGGGGCGCCGGGCGACCCCCAAGGCAGGUGGGGGGGGGGCCCAGGGUGGGACUUGGGGUUCUGGGGCAGGUGUGGGCUAAGGAGGAACGCCAGCCGGGCCCCCCUUGCUCCCGAGGCGAGCUGGGAGUCCUGGGAAACAUCUCCGCCACGGUGCAGAGCUCGCAGGAGCCUCCAAAAGACAGCAACGUUUGUCUGCCCGGCAGGACCUGCGGAACCCAAAGGACCGACGAUGGGACACCCAGUUCUGCUUGGCAUUUUCACAUAACUGUGUUCAAGACUGAAAGUUCUGAAAACGUGGAGCCACCAGCCGACUUCCCUUUCCGUCUCAUUAGUCAGGGUGGAGGCGCAAGGCCAGCUGAGCUACGAGGGAAACAAGGAAUCCUGGGUCUUUUGCCUCCAUCGUUCAGUUUAAGGACAAAACGAAAAUGAAAAUCAUGAGCGUCUUCGACGGGUGUUCCCUUGCGUUCGAAUCGCCACCUCCAGCAAUUUGUUCUCUUCUCAGCCGAAAUGUCGCCCCUUUCAUCGCUCCCCUUCAGAGAGGGAACGAUCCACGACGCCAGGCGCUGCAGGUCUUUGCAUUCUCAGCAGUUCUGACUCUCGCUCCCUGAAACCGGUACAGAAAGAGGAUGUAACAACGUUGAACUUUUUAUGUGACUUUUUUUUGCCUUUGACACAGUUAUUAGAGGUUUUUUUCUUUCUUUCUUUUUUCUUUUUUCUUUAAAGCAACAGCGCCCUACAAGGACACCAGGUUUCUAAAUGAUUCAUCUUCUCACAGACCUUGAUAUUCCAUCCAGGUGUAGGAAUAACAGGAUAGCCCUUGGGUUCUAUCCUCGGGGCUUGGAAAGGCUUCAGUGACAUUCUAUAGCAAAAGGCCCCUGUGCUUACCCUGACUUUCUCUUUGUUCUACUCACUUUUUAUCUCUGAAAAGCAAAGGGAUUUCCUUGGGGGAUUAAGCAGAGGAAACAACCAAAGGUAGCUAUCGUGUUUCAUUCGAAUUAGGAGAUGCCAAAGAAUCCUGAAGUCAACUCAGCGGGAAGCCCUUUGCCCCAGUCCUGGAAGGGUCCCCGGGUCUCAGCAGCACCAGCGCCACAAGUCCUCAUCCCACCCAGAUGUAUCACCCUCUCUUCUCCCUCACCCGAGCCCCACUCCAGGAAUGUCUUGGACAAACAGUAGUGGUUUCUCGAGCAAGGCAGAGAAAUGUCUCAUCGGAAUGUGAUACAUGCCAAUUUUUGUCUCUUUUCAAAAGUUUUUCCAUGUAAUAUCUUGCUAACACAAAAUCAUUUUGCAAUUACAUAUUUUUAAAUGGAUGGGUGCUGUUCUCACCCUGCGAGAUUCUGGUUUUGAGUCACUGAAAGGAACAGAGGUAGGAGAACGAGACAGAUGACUAGUUUUCUUAGUGAUAGAUCUUAGAAGCUGCUGUUCAAAGAAUGAGAUGAAAGGGAAGCAUUUCCCAUACCUCCAGCUGGACUUAUCUAUCUCCUGUCAACACAAAGCUACAUAAAAAAUACAUAUUGAGCUGCUAUUCAAGAGUCGCUACAAAAUCUUGAAAUAAACAAUAACAUAAGUCACAUUUCUAUUAGACUUCUCAAAUUUUUACAUUCUGAUUUCUGGUUGACAUCUACUUUAAAAAUAUCCAAUGAUAACCUGAAUGGCCAAUUUCUAAGUUAGCCAUAUUUUUUACUAAUUCCUUUUGAAGUAAAGUAAGGGUGUUUUUUUUUUUCUUUUGGUUUAUGAUUUUAAAAUGUUAAAAGAGCAAACUAUUUUUCACAUUUCCUUAUGUAACAUUGUAUUUUUCUUUUGCUUAUUAUCACUCGUUGCAUUUUUAGGGAGAUGCUUCAUUUAUACUUUUAUUGUUUGGGGUGUAGUCCGUGAAAUUUGACAUAUAGUAUUUCCAUUUGAUUUAAAAAUACUCUUCACCACACUUUGGGUUUCCUCUCUAGCCCAAAUAUUAUUUAGCGGAGUUUAUCUUUUUCAUUUUUUCUAUGUGGUUAUUUUGUUAUUUCUAAUUGUAUGAUUUACUCUCUGGACAUGUGGAUUGUAGAGUUGUGACUUAUAUUGUGUAGUACAGAACAUGGUUAAUUUUUGUCAAAAAUAGCCUUGGGCGAAAAGCAAGCUUGCUUAUGUGUCCAUGUAGUUUUUUGCACAUAUGUUAAAUCUGCCUUAUUAAUUUUGUAUCACUUUAUGUCACAUGGAUUAACUAAAUUCUACUUCUGAACUGCUGAUAUUCCUAAUUACAUUAUAUACUGUAUUUCUGCCCAUUUUUUUCUAUGUAU